UAAAGCAGCAACCUUUACAAUCAAAUUUUGUGGUAGCAUUUGAGAAGGCUUAUAAUUGUGCAAUGUUUUUUUUUAUUUCUCAUCACUGUAGUUACGCUUGAUAACAAUCUAUUUAAAAAUUGAAACAAAUUAACUUUUUCCAUCAUAGAAAACGUAUUGACAGGUUGUUUAAAACAUUGAAUAUAGCAUAGUAUAAAUAUUGCAAUCAUAUCAGUCUGUAGUGAACUAGUGUUACCAUUAUUAUGCGAAUUUGGCCAUUAUUGUAGAAAAUAUUACCAAGAAAUACAUUUGAGUAAGUCAGCUACAUUUCAUAGUACAUGGGAUCCUCGCGUUCCAGUGCCUCACUUGUUAUGCGAAAAGCUGUUUUCCAUAUAACGUGAAUGUAAAGUAAAACAAUUGGUUUGAGGAGCAAAACAAACAAAAAGCUAAAACAAUACACUAUCCUAGGAAACCUCUCGUAAUGGUACUUUGCGUAUUGGUCGUUUUUUUAACAACAUUAACGGUAAUGAUGCAAAACAAUAAAUAAUAAUGCAAAAGCUGUUGCUCGUUUUGUGAAAUUUCGUUCGUCGCGUUUAGUUCAGACACUUCGCACAUUAUAGUAACAUAACUGAAUAUAAUUUACAAUCAUCGAUUAAUUCGAAGUUGGAUCAGCGAUCGCAUGAAAAAAAAUAUGCUGGAGAUUAAUGGUAGGAGCUUUGUUGUUGUUGUUUGCGGUCAAUCGUGUGUCAACACAAGAUGUGUGUCAAGAUGUGUGGGUAAUUAGUGCAAUAUGUCUAUUGAUAAGUGAUGGUGGGUCGGUAUAGUUCGCUACCGUUUUUAAAAACAUAAACAUGUUCCCAGUGGUGUAAAUUUAGUAUAAAUAGAGACCCGCACGAUCGGAAAGGCAAGUUGCAACUUCUAUCCUGAAUGAUACAGUACGCGACUAAGAGCUCGAAAGGUCUUUGUAAUUACUCAGAGCCUAUGCCGUCUGCGAGAGUUUAAUAGUGUCCAAGAUUAAAACAAUGUCCAUCUGGAGGGUGCAAUGUGUAGUGCUAGUGUUGGUGCUAUGUCGAUGGGGUUACAUCGCUCAAGGUCAACGGCUGACCACCCGAAAAUGUGAAGAGUACCGAAAUAUAGUGGUCAACCAAUCGUCGUUGGUACCGCUCACAAUUAAUUCGAAACCGAUCCGGUUCGAGGUGUACAACUGUAGCAACGUCGUCCAGCUGAUCGUCGGCGGGGAGCAGGCAAAGUACGGCGAGUUUCCGCAUCACGCCCUACUGGGCUAUCCUAAGAAGGAUGGAGAGAAAGGUUACGAUUUUCUCUGCGGUGGUACGCUCAUCAGCAAUCAGCACAUCCUGACCGCUGCUCAUUGUUUCAAUGAAGGUGAUCCGGUAAUCGUGCGGGUCGGUGAGUACGAUACCAAGUCGGAAUCAAACGACGAAUAUGAUAGCGACAUUGCAAGCAUCCGGCGACAUCAGGACUACUUGAGUACACGCUCGUACCAUGAUAUUGCGCUGGUAAAGCUAAAGUACCCGAUCAUCCUAUCGAAACACAUCCGGCCAGCCUGUCUGUGGGAUACGGAGGAGCGCAACAUUACGCGCUACAUUGCGACCGGGUUCGGGUAUAACGAAACGUUCGGCACUACACUGUCCACCGUGAUGAUGAAGGUGAAUCUGGACGAGUUUCCGGUCAGUGAUUGUAAGCGCAGUUUUAAGAGCCAUCCAAAGUUUCGUCAGGGUGUUCGUGAUGGGCAGCUGUGCGUCGGUAGCAUCGUCGAGGGCCGUGACACCUGCCAGGGCGAUUCGGGUGGACCGCUGCAGGUGGUGACCAACCCGAGAUCCUGCUCGUUCGCGGUGGUUGGUAUCACGUCGAUUGGAGGGGUUUGUGGCGGUCCCAAUGCGAAGGCGAUCUACACGAAGGUUUCACACUACAUUGAUUGGAUAGAGGACAACGUGUGGGGUGCUAAUGCGAUGUGAGAUAAAAAUAAGAUAAAAAUAUCACCACAAUACUAUCGCAUGGUAGAAAUAUGUUAAGGAUGCUCCUAGUGUUAUGUUGGUAAGAACUUAUUUUUCAUAACAUUAUACGACAAUAUAUUUUAAAUUUUUAAUAUUUUCUCUAAAAUUAAGCUUGGAGCAGUAAAAACAAAAAAAAACAAUAAUGUGUGCAAUCUGCUAAGAAUGAGUUUGAAAUAAAAUGAUCGCAUUUAAGCGAGGUAAAAAACAA